CCAUGCGAUCUCUACCACACAUGUUACACUCUGUGUGGCCUUUCUAUAGCCCAGUAUUAUGCAACUGAUGGUAUUGUUGGCGGCGAAAUGAACCGCUUGGCAAGGAUAUCGCCAGUGUAUGGUAUUGUUGAGGAAGCAGAAAAACGAGCAGUGGAGUAUUUCGGGAAACUGGACAACCUCGAUGCAAGGGGAACAGCUAGUGCCCAAACAUGA